AUGAUUCACGCCCCGCUCGUCGUCGAGAGCUUCGCGCCCUCCGCCGCUGCCACCGCCGCCGCCGUCCCCGCCGACGUGCUGGCCCGCUACACGCGCUGCAAGAAGCUGCGCAGCACCCUGUACGGGGAGACCGCGCUGUACCAGGACGAGGAGCUCAAGAAGCUCGUGGUGCUCAAGCGCCUGAGCAUCCCGCUCCUGCAGGAAGGAGACAGCAGCAGCAGCCCCGACGCCGUCAAGGAGAACCCGCUCAGCGAGCGCGCCGUCAUCCAGCUGCUGGAAGACCCCCUUAUCGCGCGCGCCCCCGGUCGCGAACACGUUGUCGAGUACGAGAGAGAAGGGUUCUUCACGUGCGGAGACAGCGUCUUCGUCGCCAUGGACUUCUGCGCAGGCGGAGACCUCUACGAGUACGUCACCGCUAAGCCCGGCAGAAAACUUCCCGAGUCUGAGGCUCUGCCGCUUUUCGCCCAGAUCGCCAAGGGACUGAGCUUCCUACACACCGUCGGUGUGGCUCACCGUGACUUGUCGCUGGAGAACGUGCUGUUGAAGGACGGACAGGUGAAGAUCUGCGACUUUGGCUUGAGCGCAGCUGCCAACCAGUUCUCGAGUCAUCUGGUGGGCAAGUUCUACUACAUGGCGCCCGAGGUGACCCAGGGCGCCGUGUACGACCCCAAGGGCGCCGACGUUUGGUCGCUUGGAGUGCUGCUCUUCAUCAUGCUCACGGGCUCGCCCCUGUUCGCCGACGAAGACAGCCGCGCCCCGACCCUCCGCGUGCUGAACAAGUACGGCGUGGGCAAGAUCCUGGAGCUCUGGGGACUCAAGCAGCAGUUCUCCAAGUCCACGAUCAACCUGCUGGCCUGCAUGCUGCAGGUGCAGCCGUCCCGCCGCCUCAGCGCCGAAGAGCUGGCGCACCACCCCGUGCUGCGCGUGGCCCCGCCCGCCUGA